CCCAGGACUUGGGGGUUUCUUAUAUAUUUUGCUCAACUGUAGCCCAUGGUCACAGUCGUUUUCCACCCGGUGUUCAGACAGCUUCUGUGUAUAGGAGCUUUCUUAUACACGAUUCGGAUUUCGAUCGUCGCCCGUCAGUCAUCCGGUGCCAGUCAAUAACACAAUCCAUCCAACCAACCAACAACCGAGCAAAACGCAUCUAUAUUCUUUUUUCUCGUGGAUUUGCAACAAGAGAAAAGCUGCAUUUUUUUGGUUUAGUUGGUGAUGGGAACUGAGGCGAGAGCAUCGCAGAUUUUGGCACUGGUUUUGGUCGCACUUUUGUCGGGUGCGAUUCGGGCUCAAGCGGAUUCUGAUUUUCCACCUCCUUGCGAAGAUGAAAUAUUUUGCAAGGGCGAGCUGCUGGACACCAUCCAAUCUUCCCAUUUGUACAAGGACUCCAAACAUUUCGUGGACAUGACCUUGAAGAAGAGCAGAGCAGACACUUUAGCAGCUUUCAAAAAACUUCAGUUGGGUUCAGCACCAUUGAGCAGGGUUCACAUCCAGUCAUUUGUGGACCAACACUUUGACCCACCUGGGUCAGAGUUGGAAAUCUGGACCCCACCAGAUUGGAAACCCACGCCAAAGUUUUUGGACGACAUAAAAAACCAAGAAAUGAGAGAAUUUGCUGCAGAACUUCACAACCUGUGGAAACAGUUGGGAAGGAAGGUGAAGGACACUGUCCGGGACAAUGCUGACCGCUAUUCCAUUCUUUAUGUACCACAUGGUACCAUGGUUCCUGGGGGCAGAUUCCGGGAAUUCUAUUACUGGGACACUUAUUGGGUGGUUAAGGCACUGCUCAUCAGUGGAAUGUCGGAAACUGUGAAAGGAAUGCUGAUCAAUUUCGUGGAAAUGCAGCGGAAAUUCGGCUACAUUCCAAACGGAGGCCGGAAGUAUUUCGCACGUCGAAGCCAACCUCCAUAUUUCAUCCCGAUGGUCAACGAAUAUGUUUCUGCCACUGGUGAUCUGGAAUUCCUCAGGGAGAAUAUGGACGCCAUGGAGGAAGAAUACGCUUUUUGGCACAAUCAGCGCUCAACAACAAUCGUGGUGAACGGCAAGGAGCACUUGGUAACACUGUACAACGUGUCUGUGGCUGGACCUCGUCCGGAAUCAUACACAGAAGACAAAGUAAUGGCCAACGUUUUCAAGUCAGAAGCCCAGAAACAGGAUUUUUACGCUGAAAUCAAGUCAGCUUGCGAAUCUGGAUGGGAUUUCAGCUCUCGUUGGUUUGACCAUUUUGGCCAAGAUGGAGCGAACUUGACUGACACGAGGAUCCGGAAUGUGGCCCCCGUGGACUUGAACAGCCUCAUGUCCUACAAUGCUGCCCUAUUGGCUCAAAUGCACAACAAACUGGGCAGGACGGACAAGGCGGAGACGUACUCGAAAAUUGCCAGGACAAGAAAUGACACGAUGCAAGAGGUUUUCUGGGACGACGCUGAUGGGAUUUGGUACGACUUUGAUGUCCAAAAAAUGCAAAGAAGAAAAGCAUUCUACAUCUCAAAUGUGCAUCCACUUUGGACUGGAGUCUAUGGGGUGGAAGGAGGUUUGGACAAAUCUCAAGUGACCAAAAGAGUCAUGGACUAUCUUCAUAGUCAAAAAGUCUUGGACUAUGAAGGAGGUGUUCCAACUUCACUGGUGAAAAGUGAAGAACAGUGGGACUUCUCCAAUGCCUGGUCCCCUGUUCAGCACACUUUGGUGGAGGGGCUCAGGUUAGCCCCCAACCAGGAAGCUAAUAACUUGGCCCACAAGCUGGCCCAGAAGUGGGUGUACAGCAACUGGAAAAGCUACAAGGCUUCAAACCACUCCAUGUUUGAAAAGUAUGACACUAUGUCUCCUGGACAUGCUGGACAUGGUGGAGAAUAUGAAGUGCAGAUUGGAUUUGGCUGGUCAAAUGGUGUAGUGUUGGACUUCAUCCACCAGUUUGGUGACAGUCUGAUUAUAGGCAAACCUGAGGAGGAAGUGCCAAGUUUAAGCUCUAUGGUCAUCCUGGCCAACUGGCUUCACACAUGUCUUGUUAUGUGUUUUGCAGCCAUCAUUGUUUCUAUGUCGGAACUUCAGCAAUGUGCCGUCAGUAUGGUGAUAGUAGGAGAUGUGAAGUUUUUUGUUGAAGGUAGUGAAACGACAGUGAAGAUGUCGGUUGGAUAUUACGCCGCUUAUGCCAGCGGCUCCACUGGUGCUGGAGUCCUGGGCUUGAUGGCGUUGUACUACCUCUUCACCGGCCAAGGAGAUGACAUUGACUUCGGCUGGUUUUUGGAGGAAACAUCGCCUUACAUGUGGGCUGGCGUUGGUGUUGGGCUUGCCGUAGCGUUAUCAGUGGUGGGAGCUGCGAUUGGCAUUUACACAACCGGAUCGUCCAUCAUGGGAGCUGGUGUGCGUGCACCUCGCAUCAAAACCAAGAACUUGAUCUCAAUCAUCUUUUGCGAAGCUGUGGCUAUCUACGGACUAAUUAUUGCAAUUGUCAUAUCCGGCAUGCUCGAGAAAUUCACUGACGCGAAUGUCGAAUGUGAUUCAGACGAAUGCAAACGUGUGAAGGCUGAAAAUUGGUUGGGAGGCUCUGGAGCAGCUUUGGCGGAUGCUGCGAAUCCUAAUCUCUUCGUCAAGAUACUAAUUGUGGAGAUCUUCGGGAGUGCCAUUGGGCUUUUUGGAUUGAUCGUUGCCAUUCUCCAGUUGUCCCACGUGAAGAUGGGCGACAAGGUGUGAAACUUCUACGCACAUGGACCCGUUUCAUCCCACCUAGGAUUCAUUCCUGAUUCUUCUGUAUGUGUGUGAGUGAAUAUGGAUGAGCGAGGAUUGUUGAAAUUGUGCGCUGAAUUUGGAACUAGGUCCGGUCAAUUGCUCCAUAUUUUGGGAUUCAUGUGUGCAAUGUGUCCAUUCCUCAUUCCAGAUGCAGCGAUGUUUUUUUUAUAGUCACUUUUGACUGCAUUCUAUCAUCGCGAGGGUUCUAAAGCAUGUAUGAUGUGAGAGGACGA